AUGGAGGGAGGGCAAUUCUGGGCAGGAGCCUGAAGCAAACUGUGAGGUUGUAAUGAGGGGAAAGGGGAAAGGAAGGGGGAGCAGUGAAGCUUCCUAAAAUAUCUUGUGGUAGAUCAGAGUGAACUCUUGGCAGCCCUGGAACAACGUCCAGUUCAUAUAUUUUUGGAAAACGCGCAUCACUUCUUGCGACAACCCUGCAAGGCCCCACUUGAAGGAGUGGAAGUCUCCAGCCGGUCAAGUCACCAUGUCUGGGAUUGGGAACAAACGAAUAGCAGCAGAGUCCAGCCCCUCGGGGCCGCCGGAGAAGAAAGCUGGGGUUGAAGACUCGGGGACCACUGUGGAGACCAUUAAGCUUGGCGGUGUCUCCUCAACAGAAGAGCUGGACAUUCGCACCCUACAAACCAAGAACCGCAAGCUGGCAGAGAUGCUGGACCAGCGACAGGCUAUUGAGGACGAGCUGCGGGAACAUAUUGAGAAGUUGGAGCGGCGGCAGGCCACGGACGACGCCUCCCUGCUGAUCGUCAAUCGCUACUGGAGCCAGUUUGAUGAAAACAUCCGCAUCAUUUUGAAACGCUACGACUUGGACCAAGGCCUUGGAGACCUCCUGUCGGAACGGAAAGCCCUGGUGGUGCCCGAGCCCGAGCCCGAUUCUGACAGCAACCAGGAGCGUAAAGACGAGAGGGAGCGAGGGGAAAGAUUUGAGCCUGCAUUCUCCUUUCUGGCGACCUUGGCCAGCAGCACCAGUGAGGAAAUGGAGUCUCAGCUGCAGGAACGUGUGGAGUCUUCCCGCCGUUCCGUCACUCAGAUUGUGACCAUGUACGAUAAGCUACAGGAGAGAGUGGAUAUGCUGUCCCAUAAACUGAACAGUGGAGACGUCUCUCUGAUGGAGGAGGCCGUCCAGGCACUGAACACCUGCCUUUCAAACGAGAACAGGAGGCUACAGGAACUGGCAGAUCUGCUGCAGGAGAAGCACCGCGCCAUGUUGCAAGAGUUUUCCAAGCUGCAAGGGAAGGUGGAGACAGCGGAGUCUCGUGUGUCCGUGUUGGAGACCAUGAUUGAUGACCUCCAGUGGGACAUCGACAAAAUCCGGAAGCGGGAACAGCGACUCAACCGGCACCUGGCAGACGUCCUAGAACGUGUGAAUUCGAAAGGCUACAAGGUGUACGGAGCAGGGAGCAGUCUGUAUGGGGGCACCAUCACCAUCAACUCUCGCAAGUUUGAGAAGAUGAAUUCAGAGCUUGAGGAGAACAAGGAACUUGCUCAGAACCGCCUGAGCGAAGUGGAGAAGCUGCGUCAAGAUUUCGAGGAGGUGACGAGUCAAAAUGAGAAGCUGAAGGUGGAUCUGAGGCGGGCCGUGGAGGAGGCAGUGAAAGACACCCCAGAAUACCGCUGCAUGCAGUCUCAAUUUUCUGUUCUGUAUAAUGAGAGCCUCCAACUGAAAGCACAGCUGGACGAGGCCCGCACUCUACUCCAUGGUACCCGAAGUACCUACCAGCACCAAGUGGAGCUCAUUGAGCGGGACGAAGUCACCCUGCACAAGAAAUUGCGCACUGAGGUCAUUCAGCUGGAGGACACCCUCGCCCAGGUCCGCAAGGAGUACGAGAUGCUGCGGAUUGAGUUUGAACAGACGCUUGCGGCCAACGAACAAGCAGGUCCCAUCAAUCGGGAGAUGCGUCAUCUAAUCAGUAGCCUCCAGAAUCACAACCACCAGCUGAAAGGGGAGGUGUUGAGGUACAAGCGGAAGCUGAGGGAGGCUCAGUCUGACUUGAGCAAGACCCGUUCCCGUAGUGGCAGCGCCCUCCUUCACUCCCAGUCCAGCACCGAGGACACCAAGGAAGAGCCACCCGAUAUCAAACAGGAGCCUGAUGACAUCUCUGCUCUGUCCAUGGCCUCCAAGGCUCCCCCCGAGGACGCCCCUGAAAUCAAGGCGAAACGAGACGAGGAGGAGCGGGAGCGGGAGAGGCGGGAGCGGGAGCGGGAGAAAGAGAAGGAAAAAGAGAAGGAUCGGGAGCGGGAGAAGGAAAAAGAGAAGGAGCGGGAGCGGGAGAAGCAGAAGCAGAAGGAAUCUGAGAAGGAGAGGGAAUCGACCAAAGAGAAGGACAAGGGGAAACAUGACGACGGGAGGAAAAAGGAAGCCGAACUGAUCAAGCAACUGAAGGCUGAUCUCAAGAAGGCCCAAGAAAGCCAGAAGGAGAUGAAAUUGUUGUUAGAUAUGUACCGCUCUGCCCCGAAAGAGCAAAGAGACAAAGUUCAACUAAUGGCUGCAGAGAAGAAGGCCAAAGCUGAGUUGGAGGAGCUGAGGCAGAGACUGAAAGACCUGGAGGACAAGGAGAAGAAAGAGAGCAAGAAGAUGGCUGACGAGGAUGCCCUCCGGAAGAUCCGGGCAGUGGAGGAACAGAUUGAAUACUUGCAGAAGAAACUGGCGAUGGCAAAGCAGGAGGAAGAGGCGCUGCUCUCCGAAAUGGACGUGACUGGCCAAGCCUUCGAGGACAUGCAGGAGCAGAACAUCCGCCUGAUGCAGCAGCUGAGGGAGAAGGACGACGCAAACUUCAAGCUCAUGUCGGAGCGCAUCAAAUCCAACCAGAUCCAUAAGCUGCUAAAGGAAGAGAAGGAGGAGCUGGCGGACCAGGUUCUGACCCUGAGGACACAGGUGGACGCCCAGUUGCAGGUGGUUCGGAAACUGGAGGAAAAAGAGCACCUGCUCCAGAGCAACAUCGGAACCGGAGAGAAAGAGCUCGGCUUGCGGACGCAGGCCCUGGAGAUGAACAAGCGGAAGGCUAUGGAUGCGGCCCAGCUUGCCGAUGACCUGCGGGCGCAGCUGGAGCUGGCCCAGAAAAAGCUGCAUGACUUUCAGGAUGAGAUUGUGGAGAACAGCGUGACCAAGGAGAAGGACAUGUUCAACUUCAAGCGGGCUCAGGAAGAUAUCUCAAAGCUACGGAAGAAGCUGGAGACCACAAAGAAGCCUGACAUGGUACCCAACUGUGAUGAGAUCCUGAUAGAGGAGAUCAAGGAUUACAAGGCCCGCCUGACCUGCCCCUGCUGUAACAUGCGCAAGAAGGAUGCCGUGCUCACCAAGUGCUUUCACGUUUUCUGCUUCGAGUGUGUGAAAACCCGCUACGACACCCGGCAGCGCAAGUGUCCCAAGUGCAACGCCGCUUUCGGGGCCAACGACUUUCAUCGCAUCUACAUUGGCUGAGUCUCUCUGGCUCGGUGGGGCAGAGAGCAGCUCUGCUGCCAACUACCUGGGCCUUCCUUUACUUUCCAGCUGGAAGCCGCUUCUUUUUGUUGGCUACUUUCCCCUGUCUUUUUUUUUAAUGCAAUCCUCCAUGCACAGGUGUCAAACUCGCAGCCCUCCGGAUGUUAUGGAUUACAGUUCCCAUCCCCCCUGCCAGCAUGAUGCUGGCAGGGGGUGAUGGGAACUGUAGUCCAUAAUAUCCGGAGGGCCGUGAGUUUGACGCCUAUGGAUCAUCUCCUGAUUCUCUCUGCUGUUUUUCUUUCUCGGGGUCUCCCACCCCCAGCACAAUCUCCCCUUGUUACCAGCUCUCCUUCAGGUGAACCGUGGGUUUCCUCAGGCUCUGUCGCAAACAGCCAGUGCAACUCAGCCUUUCAGCGGGAAAUGACUUUUGAGUUAUUUAACAGGCCGUCUGCCCAUCCGUCCACAUGGCCCUUUUAAAUUUAAUUUUCGACUUUGUUUUCUGAAAAAGAAGAAAGGAGGGAAAAAAAUCCUUCCUCGUUUCCCGGCCUCGUGUCUUCCUGCGCUGGCAGGUGUGUCUCUUUCGAAAGGCUUGGAACAGUGUGGCCAUGUGCACGUUUCCUUAAUGAUUGGAAUGGUUCGACUGACCCCUGUUGGCUGUUGAGGAACUUGGUAUGCUGGGAAGAAGGAAUCUCCACACAGGUAAAGAACAAAGAGUGACACAGAGCCAGCUCUGAGUUUCAAACCGCACCUCCUCUGCCCUUCUGAAAAGGUACAGGGAUGGCCGGUGAAGUACUCGGAGGAGAGACGGCUGAAGAAGGCGCCUUCUCUGUGGGGCUGGGUGCCUGGACAUUCAGUUCCUUGCACAGGCCCUGUUCAUGACAUGGUGUGGGAACAAGUCUUGGGGAUCACGCGCAGCGCUGUUGCGAGUGUGUCGAGUCUUCAGCCUAAACAGAAGCCUGCGUGCACGGACACCUGUGUAAAUGAGGCCGCUUUCUGCCAUCUGUCUGCCGCCGACCCCCCUCCCCCUGCAGAUGGAUCACGCAUGCAGGACCUAUUCACAGAGGUGUUCACAUACAGGCUAUGCUCACAGUGUGGAUACUGUCUCCUGAACUUUGAUUGACAUGCAGUCGGCACGCGGGUCUGAAGUAUGAUCCCGGCGCUUGGGGCCAGCAUUCAAUUUAGAGGCCCCUUUAGAUUGCCAGACUGGUACAUCCGUCGGAAGCUGUCUCUCCUAACUCUUCUAGAAAACGACUCCUUUUUGUUCUCUGUGUGUUUGUGUUGGUUUUUUUUGUGUGAGAGUGACUGAUUGGAAAUGCAUCUAUUUCAGUAAAAUCCAUGUUCUAUAAA